AUGGUUGAUCCUUCUUCUGACGGCCAGGAGAGACCGUUAGAAGUUUCGGUAACCGUAGCUGAUAAACAAGCUUUUGAAAACUACAUUAAAAAUAUUGUUAUCGCUCUUGAUGGCAUUCAAAAUGAUAAAGUGCUUGAUAAUGCGCUAGCUCACCCGAAUGCUCAAGAAUCAAUUAAUAAGUUCCUAAGCGAUGGCCAGUGCAGUGCACUUCUUGUGCAAAAAUCCUCAAAUAAGGAUGAGGACGAUGAAGGUGAUAACUCGGAUUCUGCUAUGUCAUACACAUUUUCUACUGAUGUUCGAUAUACCAAUCCGAAAAUGCAAAGUUUGGUGUUCAUCAAGCAAAACCCAGUUGUGGAAGCCGGAAAAUCACUUGGUUCUCAGUUGAGAAUGACUACGUUAUCUGACGGAUCGCCGUUUGAGACUCUUCAUUCUAUGAUUAGCAAUGUUGUUGGUCCCUAUUAUAAGUCCUACAUCAAGGCGUCUGGAAAAGCUGAACGUGACGGUGAUAAAGUCGCUCCUAGUGUUGAAAAGAACAUUGCAGAACUUGAAAUUGGUCUCCUCCACCUACAGCAAAACAUUGACAUUCCUGAAAUAACGCUUAAUAUUAAUUCCACAGUUCUUCAGGUGAUUAGAAAGUGUGCCGAUGAAGGAAGAAGGGCUAAAGUAUCUGACUUUGAUUCCCUAAUCCAGGAUUCGGUUUUCUUGAAUGCGCUUCAGUCUGGCGUUAAUAGAUGGAUUAGUGAUAUCCGGAAGGUGACGGAUUUGGACCGGGAUCCCUCAACUGGCACAGCUCUACAAGAGGUGACAUUCUGGUUGAAUUUAGAAAGAGCCCUGUCACGAAUUCAGGAAAAGCGUUCCUCACUAGAAGUCACCCUUACCCUUGAAAUCCUGCGCACGGCAAAGCGGUUCUUAGCCACUGUCAGCUUUGAUGCCGAUACGGGCCUGACUCGAGCUCUUGACAUGGUCAAUGAUUACAAUCCACUCAUGAAAGAUUUUCCCCUUAAUGAUCUGCUCUCGGCCACUGAUUUGGCCAAGAUCAAAACCGCCCUUCAAAACAUCUUUGCUCAUUUACGAAAGAUUCGAAACACCAAGUAUCCCCUCCCACGCUGUCUUAAGUUAAUUGAAGCCAUCUCUCGUGAUCUCACCUCCCAAUUACUAAAAGUUCUCGGUACGCGUCGACUCAUGCAUAUGCCUUUUGAAGAAUUUGAGCGCAUAAUGACUGCUUGUUUUGAUGUCUUUGGUGUUUGGGAUGAUGAAUAUGAGAAGAUUCAAAGUUUGCUAAGAGAAAUUGGCAAAAAAAAGCGAGAAGAACCUAUUCGGAUGGUUUGGAGAACCAAUCUAGCCCAUCGCCAGCUACAGGCGCGACUUGAUAAUCUCCGAAAGUUGUGGCAUCAACACGAACAACUCCGACUGGUCAUUGUUCGUGUUCGACCAACUACACGCACUUCAACAACUCAGUCUGAACCGAAAGCAAAGAUUGAAGAUGCCGAUUCGAAAACUCUAACUGAUGAACCAUUGUUAGAUGCUGCAGAUGCUAAUGCUAUAGAUGAAGUGAAUAAAGCUUUUGAUUUGGUGAGAGAAGUUGACUGCCUUGAUCUUUCGAAAGAAGGCACAGAUGUUUGGGACACUACAAUCAAACUUUAUGAGGAGCGCAUUGAUGGCGUAGAAACCCGAAUCGCGGCCAGAUUGAGAGAUCUCCUAGGAACCGCCAAGAGUGCCAAUGAGAUGUUCCGUUAUUUCUCUCGUUUCAACGCUCUCUUUGUUCGUCCGCACAUUCGGGGAGCUAUUCGAGAAUAUCAGACACAAUUGAUCAAUCGUGUGAGAGAGGACAUUGAAGCUUUGCACGAAAAAUUUAAGAACCAGUACCGUUUCUCUCGGGCCUAUCGCCUUUGCAAAUUAAGAGAUAUCCCUCCUGUUGCCGGGUCGAUUAUCUGGGCUAGACAAAUUGAAGAGAGACUCAAUACAUAUCUUCGGCGAGUUGAGGAUGUGUUGGGCAAAGGCUGGGAGCAUCACAGGGAAGGCCAAGAUCUCAAGUCAAAUGGAGAGGAUUUCAAAUUAAAACUCAACACUAACGCCAUCUUUGAAGACUGGUGCCGCAAAGUUCAACAGACUCAAUUCAAUGCCACACGUCACAUUUUCUGUGUUGAGCCUGUGCGAGUGAAAAUUCCCAACAAGGAUGGCUCGACACAGACUACCAUUAUGAUGAAACUCACUGUAACCUUCAUGCUCGAUGUAAUCACGCUCUCGAAGGAGGUGCGAUGUAUGAAGGCAAUGGGCUUUCGGGUUCCCCUCUCGAUUGUAAAUCGAGCACAUCAGACGAAUAUUCUUUACCCUUCGGCUACUUCCCUCAAUCAGAGUGUUCAAAUUUAUGAGGCAACUUGCGCCAAGAUUGAUGCUAAUAAUGCUCAAAAUCUGGCCAUUCUAUGCGCUGGGUUGCGUCGUGAUGCUCAGAGUUUGAUCUCUGAGGGUAUUCCUCUUAAUUGGGAUUCCUAUCGACUUUCUGGUUUUGUACAAAAGUUUGCCGAGGCAAUUAUUCAGUUCCAAGAGAAGGUUGAGGACCUGCUCCAAGUUACCCGUGAGAUUGAUAUCCAGCUGAAGGCUCUUGUCACUUGUCCCUACACGAAGGAAUCUUUUGAAGAAAUUGUCGGCAAAAUUCAGAAGCUAGUGGAUGAUUUGAACUUGCACAAGUACUCCAACUUGGCUGAAUGGGUAGCCAAAUUAGACGUGGAAGUCGAGAAUCGAUUAAUCACGCGUUUGGAGGCAGGAAUUCGCGAAUGGACACGGGUCCUGCACUCUGAUGAAAAUCAGGCUGUAAGUACACAUACAAGGAUUGCCUGA